AUGUUUUCUUCAAACGUAAUUUAUAACUUAUACUCUUAUUUUAUAGAAGUAAUAAUAAUAUCAGUUCAGUGAAAAUUAUAUUCAUGAUUAAAAAAACAAGUUUUUUUUUUUUUUUUUUUUUUUUUUUGAGGUGUAUGAUCAGUAAGGGGGAGCAGGAGAUCAAUCUAGAUUAGAGGAGCAGAAAUGGAGACAACCCCACAAACACUUAUAGUAAUAUUAUUAAUUUGCAGUAUCAUAUCAUACUAUACCCCCCCCCCUCUCUUCUUCUUUCUUCCCCUCUCCUCAAAUUUAAUUUAAUUUUUCAAAAAAUAAAUAAAAAUAGUGCCCCAUUAAUUACACUUUUAUUUUGUCUUUUAGCCUUGAAUUCUCUCUCCUGCUGAUUUCCCCUCCACUAAAAAUGCUCUUUGCCUUCCUUCCAUUCCUUUUUGUCAUAAAUUUAUAUCAUCAAUUUCUUCCUCAUUCUCUGCAAAUAAUCUUCACUCUUAUCUCACAUUUUCUCUCUCCUUUUCAUCCCUACUAAUUAGGGUUUUUCAUUUUUCUCCCCCCUCUUCUUAAUAUGAUCACAUCAUAAACCUCAAUCACUUCAAUCUGGUACUUCUAGUGAUCUACAACUUAACCAACGAUAACAGUUUAUUAUCUUUUCUUAAUAUCAGGGGUACAACAAGAAAACUCUUUGGAAAAUAAAGCCUUUAACACAAGGAAAGUGUAAAAAAAAUAUAUAAAGAAGAAAACAUACACUAAAAUGGCAUCAUCAAGCUCCUACAACUCGCCGUGUGCAGCCUGCAAGUUCCUGCGUAGGAAAUGCAUGCCAGGGUGCAUAUUCGCGCCCUAUUUCCCACCCGAAGAGCCACAAAAAUUCGCCAACGUGCACAAAAUCUUCGGUGCAAGCAACGUCACCAAACUCCUCAACGAGCUCCUCCCUCACCAGAGGGAGGACGCUGUCAACUCAUUAGCCUACGAGGCUGAGGCGAGGGUCAGGGACCCCGUGUACGGGUGUGUAGGGGCCAUAUCUUACCUCCAACGCCAAGUUCAAAAGCUUCAAAAGGAGCUUGAUGCAGCCAAUGCGGAUCUACUUCGUUACGCUUGUAACGAUAUCAACUCUACCACGGGCGCAAUGCAGGGGAUGGGGGGUAUCCCUCCACCUCCUCCUCCUCCUCGGCCGCCUCUCGACCAGUUCGGCAGCUAUUAUCAGCCGUCUGACCUUAAUUCACAGAAUCACAGAUGAUGCAGCCUUACCCUUAUUUACCAUGGAAUGACAUGAAUAAUGUUCAUCAAAGAGGAGGUGAUGAUGAUCAAGGUAACAUGUGAUAUUAUUGAUUUAUAAAAAGGUUUCCUAGCUAAUUAAGCUAAUUAGAGAUGGCAUAUAUAAUUAAGGUGAGAAUUAUAUAACUCAUCAUAUAUAUAGUAUCUAUUAUUUGAUAUACGCUUCUCUUUAGCUAGGUUGUUACCCUUUUAUAAUUUGAACUUCUACUUUUUAGUUGGAGUCAUUGGAUUUCCAAUUUAUUUUUUUGUGGGUGUUAUCAUAUU